AUGUCAGACACGGCUGUGGACACCAGCUCCAAGAUAAUCACCAGGGACUUAAAGAAGAAGGAGGUUGUGGAGGAAACAGAAAAUGGAAGAGACGCACCCGCUAAUGGGAACACUAAAGAGGAAAAUGGGGAACAGAAGGCUGACAAUGAUGUAGACGAGGAAAAGGAAGGUGAGGAGGAGAAGGAAGAAGAGGAAGAAGGUGAUGGUGAAGAAGAUGAUGAGGAUGAUGAUCUUGACACCAAGAAGCAGAAGACCAGCGAGGAUGACCAGACAGCAAAAAAAGGGAAGUUAAAUUUUAAAAGGACACCGUAA